AGGUCUCUACCCAAAUUGAGCAGUCAAGAAGAUGAAGGGGGGGCGGGACAUCAGUUCGGUGGUGGUCUAAACCACUUCGAACCGAUUCCACACGAUCACGAUUUUUGCGAAAGAGUUGUUAUUAAUGUUAGUGGUUUAAGGUUCGAGACGCAGUUAAGAACGUUAAACCAAUUUCCGGAUACGUUAUUGGGUGAUCCGGAGAGGAGGUUACGAUACUUUGAUCCGUUGCGGAAUGAAUAUUUUUUUGAUCGGAAUAGACCAAGUUUUGAUGCGAUACUUUACUACUAUCAAAGCGGCGGUCGAUUGCGGAGACCAGUGAAUGUACCUUUAGAUGUAUUUAGUGAAGAAAUAAAAUUUUAUGAAUUAGGUGAACAAGCAAUUAACAAAUUCAGAGAGGAUGAGGGCUUCAUUAAGGAAGAGGAGAAGCCUUUGCCUGAAAAUGAAAACCAAAAGAAAGUGUGGCUGCUAUUCGAGUAUCCGGAAAGUUCGCAAGCGGCCAGAGUCGUAGCCAUAAUUAGUGUAUUUGUUAUUCUUUUAUCAAUUGUUAUUUUCUGUCUAGAAACUUUACCCGAAUUUAAACAUUAUAAGGUGUUCAAUACAACAACAAAUGGCACAAAAAUUGAGGAAGAUGAGGUACCUGACAUAACAGAUCCCUUCUUCCUAAUAGAAACGAUAUGUAUUAUAUGGUUUACAUUCGAACUUAGUGUCAGGUUCCUUGCUUGUCCGAAUAAGUUAAAUUUCUUCAGGGAUGUUAUGAAUAUAAUCGAUAUUAUCGCAAUCAUUCCUUAUUUUAUUACAUUAGCAACUGUUGUCGCUGAAGAAGAAGAUACGUUAAAUCUUCCCAAGGCACCAGUUAGUCCACAGGACAAGUCAACGAAUCAGGCUAUGUCCUUAGCAAUAUUGCGGGUGAUACGUUUAGUUCGAGUGUUUCGAAUAUUCAAAUUAUCUAGACAUUCGAAAGGAUUACAAAUUUUAGGAAGAACUUUAAAAGCAUCGAUGCGAGAAUUAGGCUUACUUAUAUUUUUCCUAUUCAUAGGUGUUGUCCUAUUCUCAUCGGCCGUAUAUUUUGCUGAGGCUGGCACUGAAAUGUCAUUCUUUAAAUCCAUACCGGACGCUUUUUGGUGGGCUGUUGUUACAAUGACCACUGUUGGUUACGGGGAUAUGAGACCGGUUGGUGUGUGGGGAAAGAUUGUUGGAAGUUUAUGUGCCAUUGCUGGUGUGCUGACCAUCGCGUUACCUGUUCCCGUUAUCGUGAGCAAUUUCAAUUACUUCUAUCACCGUGAGACGGAUCAAGAGGAAAUGCAGAGUCAGAACUUUAAUCAUGUUACUAGUUGCCCGUAUCUGCCAGGAACCUUAGGUCAACACUUAAAGAAGGCAUCACUUUCUGAGUCCUCAUCGGAAAUGGAUUUGGAAGAUGGUGUAGAAUCGACGCCUGGCUUAAUAGGUGAUCAAACUCGUAUUGUUCCGUUUUUAGGAGCGCAUAAUUUAAAUGAUAAGCAACAGCAGAACUGCUGUAAACCGAGUGGACAAAAUCUACAGCAACGACACAAUAGCGCUUUAGCCGUCAGUAUCGAGACAGAUGUCUGA